UAAAGAUGCAAAGUUAACAAGCUGACACCCAGUUCAAGAUAUAAUCAUCGAAUUCAAUUAACAGGGUCAAAGCAAAAGAACGUGUGGGUUUGUCUCUCAGCAAACUCCCUCAGUCCUCAGAGCUGCUGGUGGAAGCUAGUUACUCAUGUUCUGGAGGGAUGUAUUUCUCUGCCAGCUCAAUUUAGAUUGGUGGAGAAGUGUUUGUGCAAUGACAAAGAUCAGACCUAAAAGAUUAUUUUUAGGGAAUAUUCAGUGGUGUAUCUAGAGUGUACUGCACAGUAUGUCCUCGAACGCAGGUCUCCGUCUUCUUUUAUAAGAGGUGUGAGGCAAAGGAAGGGAAGAGCCAAGCCAACACCUGAAGGCGAAGAUCUGAAGUCAGUGAUACGCAGAUAAUAUUGUGUAUGUGCCGAGUUUCUAUAGGUUCCAGCUUUAAAAGGUCUUUCUAAUCUUAAAUAUAUAUAUAUAUAUAUAUAUAUAUAUAUAUAUAUAUAUAUAUAUAUAUAUAUAUAUAUUAUCAUUUUAUUUUAAAAUCCUACAUUUACACAUUUCAAAAAGAUCUUUCAAGUGGUGCUGUCCGUCUGUCCUGCCUACUAUGACACUGACUCAUGGACUGGUUCUGGUCCUGCUUUUUGGACUCACAGUCACUUCAGGAGCGUGAUUUAUCAUCACUUUAUUUAUUUCCAGGCUUUGAAGCUGGAGCUGACAGAUGUAUGUAAGAUGUUUUUAUUCAAAUUUUUUCCCCUUAUGAAAAAAACUCACAUUCAAUAAUAUCACAAUCUCCUUUUUCAUUAAUCAGUGCAAUGAAUAAACUCAUGCCCCAGACACAUGUUAACACAUUAGUAUGAUUUAUUCUAUUCUGUCCAAUUCAGACCAUCUAAAAUUAAAGCCCAUUAAGAAGUUGUGGCACACAACACCACGGCUUUCCUCUCCGCUCGAUGCCAUUCAUUGGUUUACUGUAGUUCCAGGGGUUAGGGUGAUCGCCUUUCCACCACUGUAUAACAAGGCAGCCUUUAUGAAGAGUUUAUGGAUUGUAACUAAUGGCUGAACUAGAAUUAUUGCCCUGUGGUUAUGAAUAUGAGUGUCACAUGUAUGAGAUGCUUAUGCCAACCAGUCACAAUCUCCCCCUUCUGUUCCUGAGUUAUGAUGUUGAAAAAUGUCACAGGGAAGUUGACUUUUGACCUUUAGAAAUAAAAUUUAAUCUUAUUAUAUUAGACAUUUGUGUUAAACUUUGUCAUAAUCAGCUUGUGAAUUAUUGAGUUGUUGCGGCAAAAUGUGAUUUUUGAGGUGACCUUGACCUUGACCAUCAAAUUCUAACAUGAAAACAUGAUGCCUCCAGCCACAUGGAGGCAUAAAUCUAUCUUAUGUUUUCAAAUAUUUAUGAGACAUUUAUAGGCACAAGCUGGACCAGUCCAUUUGUUAACAACUUCUUUAGCAAGUCAAGGAAUUCUCACAAUCUGUCAACUCAAGAAUUGCUCUCUCUUAUUGGCAAACAACUGAUCUAUUAUGAAUUACACAUGAUAUAUUUACCAUUAAUAAAGCUAUUAGAAUGUCUGUCAGCAGGAUUACUCAAAAACGACUAAACCAAUUUCUAUGAAAUCUCGUGGAGGGCUGGGACAUGACCAUGACCCGAGGAAUAACCCACUGCAUUUUGGAGCAGAUACAGAUAAACAGGCAGAUCCAGGGUAAUUUGUUUUCACUUAUUUCACAUGGCGAGAGAGACAUUUUCAUACAGUUCAGAAAAUGCUUUUUUAUUUGAUCGUUUUAUCUGAUGUGGCACCUGAUCUCAAAAACAUGAAAAGUGGCCAAUCAGCCUUGGUGGAGGUUUGUGCUCUCUGAGCGCCCUUCGAGUUUAAUAUUGUAAAAUGUUCAAACAUCUACAUGAAUUACACUGAAUGAUCUAAGGAAUCUGUUAUUAAUGUUAUAACAGUGUGAUAUCCCAAAAUAACAUCGUGAAGAUGGUGGAAUCAAAUUAUUUAAAAAUCAUUAGGCCACUGCUCAGAAAACCCCAGUUGAGACCUUUCUGUCCGUCUUGGUAACUGUACUCUGGUCACACAGACCAGUGAAAGUGGAUUCAGCCUCUUUAAUAAUUCAGUCUGUGUAAUGAAAUCCAGGUGACACUUUGGCUAGUAGGCAUAAGCUCAGGACGGCCACUGUGAACACAAACGCACCCGUGAGUACUAUAUAUUUUUUUACAACCGUGAUAGUGUUUGCCAAUAAAUGCACCGUAGAAUCUGAGGUGAUGAAGAUGACUUUUUUAUGAGUCUCUCAUAAUGGCUCCGACUUGAUCCCCGUGCAGAUGUGUGAGGGAGCUGAAACAGUGCGAGUGGGAGUCGUACUUUGUGGAAUCCCAGAGGGUGAUGACUGCGUAGUAAUUAGUGAAGACGGACAUGGUGUGAGCUACACAUCAGCAAAGAAUAAGGAAGCAACGUCCUUCUCCUUUGACCAAGUUGUGAAUGAUGACAACCUACAGAGUUUCCAGCCUGAGCUCCUGCAGCCACUCACAGAGUCCGUAUGCAGUGGUUAUAAUGGAGCCCUGCUGAUAUGUGGAGUCCCCACAGAGAGGAUUUGCACCCUGACGUACCACAGUAUCAUCAAACAGCUCCUGGCGAAUCUGUUUAGUCGCAUGCUGUCACGGGUGAAAGAGGAGUUGUUCAUCUCUGUGUCGUCCCUUCAGUUUUAUCCAGAUGGAACUGCUGUGGAUGUCCUCAGCCCCAACAGGCAGACUCUAAAACUAGUCACACACCCAGUCCUCGGAAGUCUUGUAGGAGGUUUAUGUGAGGUGUGUGUGUCUUCGGAGGAAGAAGCCUAUGUUCUGUAUGAAACACGCAGGGAGACACUGGAGGCCGGAGCAGGCUCCAUUUCCAGCAGAUGUAGUUCCCUGUUCUCGGUGGCUGUUGAGUGGAAACUUCAUCCCGAGGAGGCGGAGUCAGAGGUCUGCCACAGCCGGCUGCAGCUGUUCAGCCUGGCAGGGGGAGCCAGCAGGACCGACCUCAGAGGAGUCAGCCCACUGCUGAAGGUUGUGGACCAAAUCCAGGGUGGAGCGACAGCGUCUGACAAGCUCCUUCCUUUCCUCCUACAUGAAGCCUUAACGGGAAACAGUAGAGCCGUCCUCCUCUACUGUAUCAGCCCUCAGGGUCUUCUGGAUGAUGAGACGCCUUCUGCCUUGGCUUUGGCCCAGAGAGCGAGAAGUCUGGUCACUAAAGCCACCGUAGGUCGCUGGUGUCCAAAAGCAACCGAACGGGAGAUCCGAGAUAAGAUCCUGGAUGUCCAAACUCUAAUGAUGUCACAGGGGGAAAGUGAAGCUCCCAACAUCCACAGGCUGGCAGAGCUGACUCAAGACCUGCAGAUUGUGAAGAAUCAGUCAUGGGCGAGUCGGAGAGAAGAGUCAAAUAAGAUAAAAGGAAAAACACAGCGGAGUCGUCAGACCCCCAACAGCAACCGGCACAGCAGUGAACACAAAGAGAGUACGGAUGCAAUGAAAUAUUUACAAGACCAACUGAGACGGGAAAUGGAAGAACAUAUCCGAGAGGGUAAAGGCAGUGUGGAGAAAGUCCAGGAGAGAGUAGCGAGAAUCCAGGCGCUGAAGGAGGCUCUCAGAGAGGAGAAGCUGAAGAACGGGGCCGUUACAGAGAAAUCUGACCUCUGUCAACAAUCUCUCCUGGAAUACAAUAAGGCGAUGGAGCAGAGGAGGCAACUUAAGGAGGAUCAUGUGAGAUUAAUUCAGGAGGAGGCGGAGAAGAUGGAGAGAGACUUGGCACAGGAAGAGCUACCGACGGAAAGCCCCCAGAGAGAGCUGCUGGUGCUGACCAGAGAGAGGCAGGUCCUGGUGCUGCAGAUGGAGGCCUUGCGCACUGAGGCCCUGCGGGCCGAGAGGGAUCUGCAGGAUCAGAACCACAAACACCAAAAAGAGCUGCGCUGUCUGAGGGAGGAGAGCCUGCAGGUGUUCAGAGUGUUCCGUCAGGUGAGGGAGGAGCAGAGGAAGAUGUUAGAGGGCAGAUACAGAUGUGUGCUGCUGGAGGCCGUGCAGGACGCCGUCUACCUCUCUGCCCAGAACCAGCAGCUACAGGCCGACAACAAACAACUCCACAAAGCACUGGGAGAGUUGAAGGAUGCUCUAGCUGUGAGAGUUGAUCCUAAGGCUGAACCGUUAUCCCGACAACAAUGAGUAUUUAACCAACAAGCGUGCUCACUGUACAUCAUGAAAUAUAAAACCGUUUCAGAAAAUUUAUUGGU